GGGAAUCUCAUCGUCGGCUUCAGCUCCAGCCGAGGUGUCCAUUGAAAGUCGGAAGUUAUUUUGAUAGUUUGAUAAACUUACCAAAAUGGCAGAAGACGACACAUACGAGUCAAUGCUCUGCGUAAAGCCCGAGGUCCAUGUUUACCGGAUUCCGCCGCGAAGUUCCAACCGUGGAUAUCGAGCUGCUGACUGGAAGCUGGAUGAGCCUGCUUGGAGUGGUAGGAUGAAAAUCACUGCUAAAGGAAAAAUGGCCUUCAUUAAGUUAGAGGACAAGAACACAGGAGAGUUGUUUGCCCAAGCUCCAGUCGAACAGUAUCCAGGCAGUGUAGUCGAAGCUGUCACAGACUCAAGCCGGUAUUUUGUCAUCCGUAUAGAGGAUGGCAACGGACGUCACGCUUUUAUCGGCCUCGGUUUUGCUGAUCGUGGGGACUCAUUUGACUUCAACGUCGCUUUACAAGACCAUUUUAAGUGGGUGAAGCAAGAAGGUGAACUUGCAAAACUGGAAGCAUCUCAGAGCAAUGCACCUAAGCUGGACCUCAGCUUCAAAGAAGGACAGACUAUCAAGAUCAGUAUCGGGAAUAUCAAGAAGAAGGAUGCAGGUGGUGCCAAAGCACGGCCCAUGGGUGGGGGUCUGCUGCCACCUCCGCCAGGUGCAAAGGCUGGAGGUCUCAUGCCACCUCCUGUUGGACCACAAACAGUCCCAGCUGCACAGACUAACCCUGCCCCGCUUUUAGACUUUGGCUCCCCGGCCCCUGCAGCCCAGCCCAGCGCUGACCUAUGGGGGGAUUUUACAUCUGCUGGUUCCAACUCCAAUAAAGACGCUGCGCAAUCAGGCUGGGUGCAGUUUAGCUGAGGUUUGAGGAAGCAUGCACACACUCAGGUUGCAUACAUUCCACGGACAGCAGGAUUGUGGGAAAAGGAAACGGAGAGAGAGAGAGAACUGUUAGCAAACUUGACCGGCUCAUUCACUGCACCUGAUCUAUAAAGAGACUGUUAAUAUACAACUGCAGCCUGCUGACCAACAAACUCUGGAGGAUCAAAUAGUAAAAUAUUUGUAUUUUUACACUCGGCUUCAAUUUCUAGACUCUUCUAUGCAACCAUUACUCUGCUCCAUGUCUUUACGACAUCAAGCACAAGUUCUCAGUUAUCUCUUCACACCAGCAACACUCAUCUCAACUUUGUUUUAAACCAUUUGGGAAAAGGAAAGGUUACCUAUUGAAGUAUCCAUGUUUUUCAUUUAGCUGUAAACCAGCAUGUGUGUGUGAUUUUUUUCUCUUCAUUUUAGUCAUUCUUUUAGAUCUCUCAAAUUACUGUUCAAAUUUAAAUAGUUUAAUUUUAAACCUCUUACUCCUUCAUUAUAAAACACCCAGACUUAAAAAAAAAAAAAUCAUCCUUUGGGAGGAAAAAAAAGUCUUAGUUGCCAUUUUGUUCGUGUGUCCUUUUUGUACACUCUGCAUUGUCCUUUCCUAGUGUUCUUUUUUUUUUAAAUGUGCCUUUUACCAAAUUGAAUUUUCCUAAAUUUUUUGAUGCUAAUACAAACAGUUAUUUGAUCAAGUGCCUUCCUGAAAAAAAGAUCCAAAAUGUAUAAAUGUAUGUCUCCUUGUAAAUAAAACAAUAUAUUUCA